AUUGAAUGUACCGGUUCUACGUCCUCAGCAUUGCAGUUCUACCUUCUGGGUUCUCUCUAACAAUUUAACCUCGAGUAUCUCGCUAGCCAAAUACGACGAAGUAACUUAACUAACUGUAUUUCGUGAAUAAAAGGCGUUGUAACAAGAUUUCAUUUUUACGGCAAUCAUCUCUCUUAAAAGGUUUGAUGGAAUUGUAAUUGUCGCAAUUUGAUCGGUAUUGGUGUUGUGAUUGUGUGAAUUUAUUGUGAGUGAUCGUUUGUGGGUUAUCUUGUGUAAUUAGAAAGUGCCAAUUUAUGGAUUACAUUGCUUUUGGAUUACCAUUUAUUAUCUAAUGAGAAAGUGCUGAUGGCGUUUGCUGAGGCAUGGUGAUUAAGCCCAACGCAAUUAUAGCAGAAAAAUGAAGAACCCUGCAGUCCUUUCCAUAUUUCUGCUUACAGUUUUAUCAAAAGAAUGUUUGGCGAACUUGCCGCCGCUUUUUACAAUGGAUAUGAAUAAUUUAGUCAUUCCUGAGAACAUCCCCGUGGAGAGUAACAUAUACAGGCUACAAGGAACUGACCCAGAAAAUAGUCCCGUCUAUUUCGGUCUGGAAGGAACGGACGUAUUAAAAGUUAAUAGAAUCACUGGAGACGUGACGGUUGUCAAACCAUUAGAUUACGAGCAAAACAACACACUUAAUAUAAUUGUAAGUAUAGAAGACGAAGUAGAAGGAGGAGGGAAAAACAACAUCGUAGAAGUUCCAAUAACGGUGAUUAUCUCCGAUGAAAAUGACAACGCCCCGGAAUUCGUUAAGGCGCCGUACGAGAUCACCGUUAACGAGGACUCCUUACCAGGGGCAAUGGUAUUUUCGGGAAUUAUGGUUGUUGAUAAAGACACGAUAGGAUCCAAUAUCGAGGUCGAAUGUAUAAAUUUACCCGCGGAUCCCGAUGCAUGCGAAAUCUUUAAAGUGGAAACUCUCAACUCGGAACAGAAUUCAUAUUCAGGAGCCAUAACACUACGUAGAAAAUUGGACUAUAAUGAAAAAGAAAGCUAUUACUUUGGCCUGGAAGCUUCGGAUGGUGAUUUAACAAGUGCUACAAAUGUAACGAUUAAAGUGGGUGACGUACAAGAUAAACCUCCCUAUUUUGUUGGAAAUUUGACAGCCGAAAUUAGCGAAGAUGCGUCUAUAGGCACUCUGAUAAUGAUUGUACACGCCGAGGAUGGUGACAGAGGAAACCCGAGGGAGAUAUUUUAUGAAUUGCAAAACAAUCACAUGGACUACGUCCUGUUGGAUUCAGUUAGCGGAGAGUUGAGGACAGCACGACCUAUCGAUAAGGAAUCUAUUGACAAUCCCGAGGGAAUACUGAAGUUUACUGUAAAGGCUUACGAACUGAUAAAUGGCAUCAAAGAAAACGAUCCUUUGACGAUGACUGCAGCCCAGAUUACGGUAAAAAUUUUAGACGUCAACGACGAACCUCCAAAAUUUAAUAAAAGAGAGUAUUCCGUGGAAAUUCCUGAAAAUAUUGAAGUUGGAUCGGCAUUACCUGGACUUGAUAUGACCGUCAGUGAUCCAGAUGAGGGAAACAAUGCUGCAUUUUCUUUGGAACUGAACGACAUAUCAGAAGUUUUUUCAAUCGAACCCAAAACAGCCAUCGGUUCAACACCGGUUACAAUUCGAGUAGCCAAUAGUUCUUUAGAUUACGAAGAUUUCAACCAAAGAAAGUUCAUAAUACUAGUACUAGCAAAAGAAUUAUAUACGGAAGAGAAGCUUUCAUCGACUGCUACCGUAACCGUAACAGUAGCCGAUGUUAACGAUAAUGCACCAAAUUUCGAUCAAGAAAGCUAUUUCGCAACGAUAUCUGAAAUGGCUACACCCGGAACAUUGGUUACUACUAUAACAGCUAGUGAUAGAGACAGCGGGAAAUUUGGAGAAAACGGUAUUAUUUAUGCUUUGACUGGAAAUGGGGCCAGUAAGUUUAUUGUUAAUAAUAGGACAGGAGCAAUCACUGUUGGAAACUGCAAUGAAACUGGGAAGCCGUCUUGUUUGGAUUAUGAAACUAAGCCAGAGUACCAGUUACAGUUUUUGGCUAUCGAUGAUGAUGGUAAAGGUCGAACCUCAGCAGUUCCUCUAAACGUACAUUUAACAGAUAGCAACGAUAACGCUCCCAUUUUCAACCAGCCUUUCUACAGAGCUUUCAUCAAUGAAGGAUCUGUUAAAUUUCAACCAGAAUUAAUCGUAGAAGCAACAGAUGCCGAUAAAACUUCACGCGUGAGAUACUCUAUUAUUUCUGGUAACGAUGAUGGAUUAUUUAACAUUAUUCCUUCGACUGGAGUAAUUAGAAUAAAUAAUAAUAGAGGACUGGACAUUAGUAAUGAAACGGACAAUGUUAUUUCUCUUGUUGUAAUGGCAAGCGACGGGCAAUUUACAACUACAGCUGUUGUUAACGUUACAGUGCUUGAUAUUAAUAAUAAUGCACCGAUGUUUACCAAGCAACAUUAUUUGGAUACAGUUGAAGAAGAUUUGCCAGUAGGUACUUCUAUACUAAAAGUAGAGGCAACUGACGCCGAUAACGGAGAAAAUGCAGUCAUAGAAUAUUUCAUAAUAAGAGGAGCAUAUGAUGAUUUUAAAAUUGAUAACACUACUGGUGUACUCUAUGUCGCACAGAAAUUGGAUUACGACAGAAGGAAUACUUAUAAUAUCGAAGUAGUAGCUGUAGAUCAUGGUGAACCAAGUUUAACUGGCACUUCAAACGUAACAGUUACUGUCAUUAAUAUUAAUGAUAAAAUGCCAUAUUUCGUUCCUGCCACUCAAAAAGUUGAGGUAUUGGAAGACGUCCCUGUUGGUACAGUAAUAUAUACUUUAGUGGCUUUAGAUCCAGACGUUAACUCUUCAGAAGCGCUAAAUUUCGCUGCAACCGAACCAAUUACAGCUCUAGACAAACACGGUAUUGAAGUAUAUGACGAUAAGUUCAAAGAAUUUUUUUCAAUCGAUCAAAAUUCUGGAAAAGUAACCGUUGCCAAUCCUCUCAUACGCGAUAUAGCAUCGGUUGUUAGAAUAACAAUAUUGGUUACUGAUAUCACAGCUCCAACAGUACAACAAGGAGAGGGUUUAUUGAUUAUAACUAUAGGAGAUGUUAAUGAUUCUCCACCUGUCUUUAUUCCUCCAUGGACUGUAGAAAAUCCUGUCUACCACUUAGAGUUGAAAGAAGAGCAACCAGUUGGAACAAUAGUUGCUACUUAUAACGCAAUCGAUGAAGACUCAGAUAUAGCGGGUUAUAUUAUUCAUCCAAAAUCGGAAUAUUUUGAAAUUAAUAAUGGUACAGGGAUAGUGCAAAUUAAAAAGAAGAUAGAUUACGAAAAAAUUAAAGCUCUGAACUUUACAAUUAUCGCUUUUGACAGUGGUUUUCCUCAAUUAAACACUAGCGCAAAUAUUUUAGUGACAAUUAUUAACGUUAACGAUAACAGUCCAGUCUUUACAGAAAAAGAAUACAAAGCCAACAUUGACGAAAAUUCUUCAAAGGGAUCGUUCAUAAUAUCAGUUAAAGCUGUCGAUAAAGAUGCAGAAAAGUACGGUGAAGUUAGUUAUUACUUAACCGGUGAACACAGCGAACAUUUUGCUAUUGACGAUAAAACUGGAUACAUAACAGUAGCUAAUUCAAAUUUCUUUGAUCACGAAACUAUUAACCAAACCGUAAUACAAGUUGUAGCUCAAGAUGGAGCUCCUAUCAAUACCAGAAGGUCUGUUUCUGUACCUGUUUAUAUUUCGAUAAAUGAUGUUAAUGAUAAUUCUCCGAUAUUUUCUCAAAAAGAAUAUAAUAUUACUGUUAUGGAGAAUGUACGGUUGAAUCCUCCAUUGCCUUUGAUACAGGUAAAUGCUACUGAUGAAGAUUCUGGAGUUAAUGGAAAUAUUCAUUACAGUAUUGUUUCUGGAAAUGAUAAUGACGUUUUUCUUCUGGGCAUCGAGACCGGCAUUUUGUACCCGCACAAGUCCCUGCUGGGCCAAACAAGGAAUUUCCAUUUGAAAGUGGAGGCCCGAGACGGAGCUGGUAAUGGCCAAUUGUUCGACGAAGCCACAAUUAAUGUGCAUGUCUUAAAUGUUAACGAGCACCAACCCGACUUUAUUAUGCCCGCCCUACCCAACGCUACGGUCGAAGUACUCGAGAACGCUGCAACCGUAGAUUACCUAGUAAUGACAGUCAAAGCUGUAGACAAAGACGAACAUGAAAACGGAAGAGUAACUUACCAUUUCAAACUCGAAGAUGAAAAUGUUCAAGAAACCAGUGAAUUCUCAAUUGAUCCCAAUACAGGAGAGCUUAGAACUAGAAAAAUGUUAGACAGAGAAUUCCAACCUAAAUAUCAACUUGUGUUAGUAGCAAGGGAUCACGGUUCGCCCAAAUUUUACGAAACCAUACGCUACCUAACAGUUCUUCUUGUGGAUGAAAACGACAAUAGACCAGAAUUUCCAGGAUCCAAAUCAACUAACCCCUAUCAUUUCUUCGUUUCGGAAAACAAUGAUAAAAAUAUGCUAAUUGGUCAAGUUCAAGCAUUAGAUCGCGAUGAAGGCAACCAUGCAAAAGUGUAUUACUACAUAAUUUCCGGUAAUGAAGAUUCUGCUUUCUACCUCGACAGAUCUGGGGGAGGAAUCUACUCCAAUAAAUCAUUUGACAGAGAAGAAAAAGAUGAAUAUGACUUACUUAUAAUCGCUACCAAUGAUCCAAACUUUAUAGCUUCACCAGAUAAUUCAGAAAUCGAUGAAAAUGACAGAAGCGUAGCUCAAGUUAAAGUUAGUAUCAACGAUUUAAAUGACAAUGCUCCAAUAUUCGAACAAAGCGUUUAUUAUUCUGCUGUGAACGCGAUGGCGAAUAUCAACGAUUUCGUCGUUAAUGUGACAGCCGUGGAUCCAGAUUUGGGCGCCAAUGGGUCUGUUACUUAUUAUAUAAAAGCCACGAAUUUAUACAAGUUUAAUUCAAAUAGAAGUUCGGGAUCGAUCAUACCAUCGCCGUUUAAUAUAUCAGAAAAAGGGGAGAUUUUCACUGCUACCUAUUUGGCUGAAAACAAUCAACAUAGGUUUGCGAUUGACGUGAUUGCUAGAGAAAAUGCUUAUCCAGAAAGACAGGCUGUUACUACGAUUUGUGUAUGGAUAUUUGAACCAGAACAGCUAAUACGAGUAAUUUUAUCAAGACCUAAGGAAGAAGUAAUUAAAGAAAAAGAUGAAAUAUUAGCGGAAUUAAAGAAUGCUACUCAAAGUUUGGUUAUAAUCGACAAAAUCAGGUAUCAUAUCGAUGAUAAUGGAAUUAAAAACGAAGAAUGGUCAGAUCUCUACAUACUCGUUGUGAAUCCAAAAUCGCAAUCAAUCCUACCGGUACCAGAAGUUCUCAAGAUAAUCGAUUCAAAAUACGAUUUCCUGAAGGACUAUUACGCAGGUUUUGCUAUAGAAAACGUUUUACCUGCUUUUGUAACAGAAAAGGCUGAAACUUUUGAUGCAUCGCUCGUGGCAUUAAUAGCACUUUUAGUGGUACUGAUAGUCGGCAUCAUCACAUUUGUAGUUGUGUGCUGUUGUUUAAGACACUGGGUGCUGUCGCCUACUGAUUUAAAGAAGAAGGAUGCUUUGAUUAAAAAAGCGAUCAUUGAUGAUUUAAAUACGACAGAGAAUCCUCUUUGGAUAGAACAAAAACUGAAAAUUUAUGAAGAACAAGAACUGACGAUGCAAGUAUUCAACGAACCAGAUCAAAAUCUAGCGAAUCGACGAAACAGUGAUGAUUAUAUUAACGAAGAUAAUGCUUAUGCGACAAUACAGCAUCCAAAUAGGAGAUCAUCAUCGCAUCUAACAUCGAUGUCAAUAGGAGAUGAUUUGGCUGAUUACGCUACGCUUUCUGUUCAGCAUAAUAAUAGGAAUGAGAGCAAUAAUAGUUCGUUAAGAGGUGGAUCUAACUACUACGAAGCAGCGAUGGGUUUUCAAGGAUCGACAUUCCAGGUGCCGGAUCGACUUAACAGCGACUACACACCCUAUGGCGUCAAAUAUGACGGUUCUGAACUCACUAUCAGUAAGGACCAUCAACCGGAAUACGUUGCUGAACUGAUUUAAUUUGAUAACUUACUCAGUGGCGGCUCGUGAUUUUUUUUAAGUGAGGAAACAAAUUGAAAUAAAUAUAUUUAGUUAAUAAAGGUAUUUUUAGAUAGAUUAUUCUAAUUAUUAUAUUUUUUUUUAGACAGUAUUAAUAAGUAAUCUAUCUAAAAAUCUAUAAAAUUUUAAAUUAUAAUUUAGAAUAUCUGUUUUAUGUAUAUUUAUACAUGUAGUUAAUGUUUAGUAUUUUUUAAGCAACGAUGUAUAAUAAAAAAUUCUCUCAGGGCACAGAAAAAAUCUGAGUAAUUUUGGGGUGUAUUAACUGAUAAAAACUUAAAAUUCAGAAUAGGAUAUUUAUUUACACUAAUAAAUUGUGUCUAUAUAUUUGACGUGCCACAUGAACAAAUUGUUUUGAGAGUACUUUUUUAUUCAUAGACAUUUAUUCAUUGUUUUGUCUAGAAUUUAUUGAGUUUACAAAUUUGUAAACAACGAAAAAAAAAGGAAGAAAAUAUGAUCGAGAGGUGUAAUCUUAAAAAAAUAUUUAUACUAAGAGGUUGAGCUACGAGCUGCAACUGUAUUAAAGUGUGAUGGAAAGUGGUUUAUGUAAAAGAAUGACUUGUUUUUGAAGCAACCUUUAUUUGGGAUAAAUUAUA